CGCAGUGCCACAGCGUCAGGUUGUCCUUCCCGGCGCCGUGCUAGUGGUGAUAAUAAUUAUGAGAAUUCGGCGAAAUGUCACCUUAGCUCUGGUCCUUCUUGCUACAGUACCGUGGAUGCUUGUGAUGAUCUGGACUACCGUUUCACAACACGGAAUCCUGCUGGAUCCGAACGCGUCGCAUCUACUGCACUCCCCGUCGCCGACUUGGCGUGAGUAUUCAACAGUGGCAGUUCGACUGGCCAGAAUCGAGAGACAUCAGCUGAGACGGGCACCAGCGGCGACCAAGGCAGUCGAAGCGAGCGUUCUGCAGCAUCUCAGGUCCGCUCUGCAGUCGCACCGCUCAGUAGUGGAAGCAGUACCAGUAGCAGCAGCAGCAGCAGCAGCAGCAGCAGCAACAGCAGUACCAGCAGCAGCAGCAGUAGCAGCAGCAGCAACAGCAGCAGCAACAGCAGUACCAGCAGCAGAAGCAGCCGUUACUGUCAGUGCACCACAGGGCAGUGAAAAUGUAGUGAACAGUGGUCACAGCAAUCAGGGACCAAGUCCGGGACCAGCAAAAAUACUUGUGCAAGUAGUGGAUUCUGCUGCUCGAGGAAAGACAGUACAAGGUGGACACAUCGAUGGUGUUGAGCGUGUGCGGCUAAAGGUGCUGGUGAAAACCGGUCCGAAGAAUGGACAGCAGCGUAGCAAUGUGCGUUUCAAUUGGGUGGACAAGUGUAAUCUUGGUUUGCUGCAUAGGAAGCGUCUGAACGCCGAGCACGGUCGUGUGCAGUACGGACGCCAGCUUUCCUUGCUAAAGGACGUAUACUACAACAUUCCCGGCCACAAGUAUGUCGGUGAAGGAGGCCGGACGAUUCUGGACGUCGCGUGUAUGUUUGUGACGGGUCGCGACGCCAACGCGGCAGAGAAUGCACGCCUCCAGCAGGAGUUCGACGAGAACGGCGACAUCAUGAUGGGCAACUUCACGGACAGCUAUGACGUCAUGACGGCCAAGACCGUUUGGAUGCUGCAGUGGAGCGUGGAGACGCUGCAGUACGAUUACGUCAUGCUCAUCGACGACGACGCCACCAUCAUCUGGUCCAACUUCGUGCCGCUGGUUCUGGCGUCAGCACGAGAGCGUCUCUACUGCGGCCACCAGCAUACCACACUGGGUGCGAAGCACUGCGAGAACGACACCAAGGGAGAGAUGCUCAAGAAGAACUGCGUCAGCUGGAAGCAGUACAACAAGGCCGACUACCCGCCGUUCGCGUCGGGCUUCGCCUACUUUGUGUCGCGCGACGUGGCCAGGGUCAUCGUUCGCUCGGCGCUGCUGCGCCUGACCACCCCGGGACUGCCCGGCAAUGUGGAGGACGCCAUGGUGGGUGUCCUGGCCAAGGAUGGUGGCAUUGAUCUUACGCCAUCGCCGCGCUUCGUGCACUACGGGCACGACAACGUGCCGCGGGCGUGCCGCCAGCAACCGGCCCCGGCCGUCUUUGGCAACGCAGAACAGUACAUUCUCAACACGCUGACCAGCAAGGGGAAAAACGGUCAACUGCUGUGUAUGACAUAACGUCUAGCCAUCGUUUCAACGGCCUUGACUUAAUACGCCGUCAACUCGCUUUGCACACUAUGAGCAUGACACCGUACCCAGAGUGUGCCGCCAGCAGUCUCCUCCGGCCAUCUUUGACUACGCUGCACAGUACGUUCUCGACACGCUGACGAGUAAGGGGGGCAACGGUCAACUGCUGUGCAUGAGGUAACGUUAGGCUUGCGUGAGACAUUAUCGCAGUAUAUCUAGCCAUCGUCUCAACAACACCCUUGACUUAAUACGCCGUCAAUUCGCUUCAUGCACUACGAGCACGAUAACGUACCCAGGGCAGUCAGUACAUACCCACCAGCUGUGUUUGGCAACGCGGCACAGUACAUUCUCAACACAUUGACGUGUAAGGGGAAGAACGGUCAACUGCUAUGCAUGAGGUAACGUCAGGUUUACAUAAGACCUCAUGUUAGACUUGCGUUAGACCUCAUCAGAAUAUAUAAUUACAGUAAAUAUCGGAUAUAACGUGCCCCUUUGAUUUUUGAAAAUGUAUCACUAUAUCCGGUGCAUCACUAUAGCCGAUUUGCAUGUUUGACCGACACAUGGCACAUGACUGCACAUGAAAUGAUGCGUACACGCUGGAAAAAGCAUGCUGAAAGUGCAUGCAUGCUCCGCGGACUGUGUACCGGUGCAUGACACAGAGCAGUGCAUGGCAGUGCAGUACGACAGACUGUACAUGUACGAGUACUAGAACUUCGAUACAUCAUGUGGCAUGGCUGCUUCUUCAGCGUGUUCUCCAAAAAAAGCCUGAGCUGGAUCCGUGCUCACGUAGAUCGUAGAUCUACUCGGUGUCCAACGAGUUGCGUAGAGCCAGAAAUAGACAUGAGUGGCUGUGUACGUGAGUUGGCAACAUCAUCGUGAGAGGCAACACAGCCAGAAACGGACAAGAGCAUGCAGAAAGAUCACUCUUGAUCAUUAUAUGCGAUAUUUUCCUGUACAUUUGAUAUGGUUUGCUUCCUGAAGGCCAUCACAAUAAGCGAUAUAUCGGUAUAGCCGAUAAUAGUGUAUAUAGUGAUAUUUUAGCUGUAUUUUUUCAGAUUUGAUUUUGAUUUUGACGUGUUCUAUCACUAUAACCGGUAUAUCAUUAUAUCCGGUCACUUUAUAAACGAUACUUACUGUAUAGCCAUUGUCUCAACAGCUAUUUUCGCUGAAAUUUGGCCCGUUUUGAAUACUCACUUUAAUCAAGCCAUUGCAUGCUCAGGACAGCCAAAGACUCGGUACGUCUUCUGUUUUCUUGAUAGUUUCAACACUUGGUCAGUUAGAAGUCUUGUUCUAGAUUUUAAAUCUAUAAUACAAGUAUGGACUCGGAUGGAGAGCCAAGGAUAAAUUUAUAGUAAAGAAAAAAAGGACCAAGAAACUACAAGUUACUGUACGCUAAAAUGUCCACUAAAACCACCAUUUACUAAACAAUCAGGUCAUGCGAUACCAUUGCACGACCUUGACCGA